GAAAAAGCCCCUGGGCAUUAUGGAGCAACAGCACACACCAGAGGAAAUAUAAAGCAGCAGCUUUGAAGACUGAGCAACCAGUUGAGGCAUCCUCAACCCAACUGGGCUUAACGCAGCUUCACUGAACCUGAUCUGAGACUCACGGCUCCCCAGGAUUGCUACAACUCUAGCUAGAAUGCUGUGCCAGGCACUCCGAAGAUUUGGUAAAAAGCUGGUGCGCAAACAUCCACUGGAGCUACCUGUGCCUGAGACUGCCCCUGCUAGAAGCUUGAGCACUCUGGAUUUAGUGGUCCUGGGUGUGGGCAACACACUGGGUGUAAGUGUAUAUAUUUUGGCUGGGGAGGUGGCUAGAGAUCAAGCAGGGCCAUCUUUUGUGAUUUGCAUUUUGGUGGCUGGCCUAACUUCAGUGUUGGCUGGGCUGUGCUAUGGAGAGAUUAGUGCUCGGAUUCCCCAUUCUGGCUCCGCAUAUCUCUACAGCUAUGUCACUGUAGGUGAACUCUGGGCUUUCAUCACUGGCUGGUUCCUCAUCCUCACCACUUUUGCUCACAUAGGCAUUAGGAUCUGGGCCUGGACCUUAUUCUUUGACAAUCUUUUUGGGAACAAGUUCUCUCUGACCUUGCAGGAGACUUUUUUACCACAAGCUCCUGGUAUUUUUGUAGAAAUUCUAGGCUUCAUUGUUAUGUUCCUUCUAUUAUUGAUCAUGGAAUUGCUGACUCGGAACAUUAGGCAGCUUUCUCUGGUUACCAAAACGCUCACUUUGGUGAAAGUAUUGGCACUUGGUUUUGUCAUCAUCUCUGGCUUCCUGAAAGGGGACCUGCACAACUGGAAGCUCACAGAAGACGACUACAUAAAGGCUGGACUCAAUGACACCUCUAGCUUGGGCCUUCUGGGCUCUGGAGGAUUUGUACCUUUUGGCUUCCAGGGGAUUCUCCGUGGAUCAGCUACCUGUAUCUAUGCUUUUACAGGUUUCAAUAUUAUUGUUACCAGGGUCGAAUUAGCCCAGAAUCCCAAGUGUUCAAUACCCAAAAGCAUUAUGAUUUCACUGUUCAUUUGCUUUUUGGUGUAUUUUGGUGUGUCUGCGGCACUUACACUUAUGGUGCCUUACUACCAACUUCAACCUGGGAGCACCUUGCCUGAGGCAUUUCUCCAUAUUGGCUGGGUCCCUGCCUACCAUUGUGUAAACUUUGGAUUUUUCUGUAGUCUUUCUACCAAAGUCUUUGGCAACAUGUUCCCCAUACGUCAACAGGUAUACAUGAUGGCAAAGGAUGGCCUCCUAUUCCCUGUCCUUACCAGGAUCCAAACCGGCACAUAUAUGCCCAUUCUGGCUACCAUGAUCAUUUUCAUUGUUGGAACAAUAAUGGCAUUCUUCCUUGGAUUCACUGAUCUCUUGGACCUCAGGUCAAUUGGGGCCCUCUUAGUUUUCUCUCUGCAGGCUUUUAUUGUUCUCAUCCUCAGGUAUCAGCCUGAAAGGAAGAAUGGGGGAAAAGAAGCAGAGGUUAUGGGAGAGAAUGAGAGAAAUGAAAUGCAGAGUUUGACUCUGCAGGCACUAUUUUUUCCAGGCAAUCCCGCCCCCACUGCAUUCUCUGGCUGGGUUGUCUCUGUUUGCUCCUCACUGCUUGUUCUGCUGCUGACUCUUCUCUGUCUGGUGCUGGCCCGGUGGCCAGGUCUGCUUUCUGGAGACCCAUGGUGGAUCACAGUGGUUGUGCUGCUUCUGGUGCUCAUCACUGGGAUGACUGGGGUCAUCUGGAGGCAGCCACAGAGCUCCUCUCCCAUUCACUUUAAGGUACCUGGUCUGCCUCUCCUCCCGCUCCUGAGCAUCUUUUUGAAUAUUUACCUUAUGAUGCAGAUGACAGCUGGCACCUGGGCUCUAUUUGGUUCCUGGGUCCUGGUUGGAUUUGCUGUCUACUUUGGUUAUGGGAUCCGGCACAGCCCGAUCCCUUAA